GUAUAUAGUGCAGGGGUCAGGAGUAUGUAAUGUACAACAUAGAGUAUAUAGAGGAGGGGUCAGGAGGAUGUAAUGUACAAGUUAUAUAGUAUAAGGGUUAGAUUGGAAGUGACCAAACCCUUGGACAGAGGGGUGGCGGUGGAAAUGUUACACUUGGACAGAGGGGUGGCUGUGGACGUGGUACACUUGGACAGAAGGGUGGGGGUGGACGUGGUACAUUUGGACAGAGGGGUGGGGGUGGACGUGGUAUACUUGGAC